ACGUUGGCCAAACGCUACUCAAAUUGUCCUGCAAGCUGCAAGGCUCGUCAUAAACUACAUCCAUUCGAGGGCUCUAGAGGAGCAGCUGGCUGCACUAUGAAUUCCCUCUACACCCAUGGCGUCCGGCAAACAAAUUCGCUCACUGCUGACCUCGAGCGGCUGCGCAAUGGAGACAACUCAGCAUCCCUCCUAGGACAGAUAUCUGCCUCACUCGCUGCGAUGCAUAGAACCAUUGAGGAUUAUGAUUCAAUGGCCAAGAGGGAAAUAAUAAAGGCGAAGCAGGAGAAAGGGCAAAUGCGUGUGCAGAAAUUCCGCUCUGACUAUGCUGAAUUGAAGGGUCAGUUCGAACUAAUCAAAACUGAGAGAGCUGCAGCACAGCGAAACGAACUUCUAGGUGGUUCGUCAAGCAUGCUAUCUCCUUCAUCAGACACACGACGACGAUUCACGCCGACCGCUGCUGCCUUGAACGGUGGAACAUCGCCAUCACAACACUCCGAGUCACCUUUCCGAACGCAAACACCACUACCGGGCUCAACACUUCGUGAAAGUCACGCAUUACAUGAGCAUUCAUUUAUUCAGAAUACGGAGACAAGGUUGGAUGAGUUCCUUGCCCAAGGGCGAGAAGUGUUGGACAACCUGGUGGAUCAACGGAAUGUUCUCAAGGGGACGCAGAGACGACUCUUGGAUGCUGCAAAUACAAUGGGUCUCAGUCGGGACGUUAUAGGGUGGAUCGAGAGAAGAAGCACGCAGGAUAUGUACAUCUUCUUUGGCGGCGGAGUGAUCACGUUUUUCUGUUUCUGGUUGAUAUGGCAUUACUUAGGCUAACUAAUUCUGGACUUGCAUAUGUUGCCUGUAUACGUACCCCUACGUACUCUUCGACGUCUUCGUCUAGUUCGCAAUAUUCACGCUUGUAACGUGUCGUGUCAGGAGUCGGAACUUG